AUGACCCUUACACGAACAUCGUGAAUUUAUGCAAUUGAUCCCAUCCGCACGCAAAGCUAUUCCGCUACCAAUUUUUCUUCUUUCUCUCUCUCUCUCUCUCUAGUCUCUCGUUUUUCAUUUUAACAAUCUUUCUUACUUUUCAAUACAAACAAAGUAUAAGAAACGAUUCUCAGCGUCACUCUGAUUCUCCUUCCAAUGAUCCGUUCUUCUCUGCGCCUUUCUCAACUCUCUUUGUUAAACUCCAUUUUCUCUUCAUCAUCUCCUUCGAUUCCUCUUCAUCUUCCUUCAUCUUCCUCCUCUUUCUCCACUUCCCCUAAACAACCCUCUGUUUUCUCCCAUAAACUCAGCCACAGAGAUUGGUUAUCUCCCAGUGAAGUCAUCAAAAUCAUUCAACAAAUCCAACAUCCUUCCUCUGUUCUUGCAUUCCUCCACCAAUGGUCAAAUCGCAAGGACUACAAACCCAACAAAGAAAUCUACACUCUCAUUGUCUCCAGACUUGCUGAGGGGCGGUUGUUUGAUGAUAUUGAGAAGGUGAUGUUGAGAAUCAAAGCCGAGAGGAAUUUCCGCCUGUCCGAUGAGUUUUUCUACCAUGUUAUUAAGAUUUAUGGUAAUGUUGCUGGUCGUUUAAGUAAAGCUAUUGAUACCCUUUUCGAUAUGCCCAAUUAUAACUGCUGGCCCAGUGUUAAAACCUUUAAUUUCGUGCUUAAUUUGCUUGUUUCGGCGAAGAUGUUUGAUGUUGUUCAUGAAGUCUAUAUGGGUGCUCCUAAGUUGGGGAUUGAGAUUGAUGCUUGUUGUCUUAAUAUACUCGUUAAAGGGUUGUGCCAGAGUGGGAAUCUUGAUGCUGCAUUCAAGUUGCUCGAUGAAUUUCCUCAACAGAGGUGUAGGCCAAAUGUCAGAACGUUUUCAACGCUUCUGCAUGGAUUGUGUGAGAAUGGGGAACUAGAGAGAGCAUUGGAGCUUUUCUGUAAAAUGGAGAAUGAAGGUGUUUGGCCCGACACUAUAACGUUUAACAUAUUGAUUUCGGGGCUUAGAAAGAAGAAGAGAAUUGAAGAAGCAAUAGAACUUUUGAGGAGAAUGGAGCUUAAAGGUUGCGACCCCAAUGCAGGGACUUAUCAAGAGGUUUUGUAUGGCCUGCUCGAUACGGGUAAGUUUAUCGAGGCAAGGGAUUGUAUGCAUCGGAUGAUAUCGGAUGGUAUGGACCCAAGUUUUGUUUCAUAUAAGAAGCUGUUGUCUGGGUUAUGUAAGAAGAACCUAACUCAAGAUGUGGAUUGGGUUCUGAAACAAAUGGUUAUGCAGGGUUUCGUCCCAAAAGUGGGUAUGUGGAAAGUGAUUUUACGUUGUGUGUUAUCAGGAAAUGAAGAAUGCAUUGAUAUCACUGCUGAAGUAUUUGAGAAAGUUGUGUUGCUUGCAAUGGAAGAUGGUGCGGCGUAAAUUGUAAUUGUUAUGUUUCCAGUAUAUCUGCGGCAUUCCAUGGUCGACCUCGACAAACUAACACAGGCUAAAUACUAAGGAUCAAUGCAGGAGGUGAUAGUGAUGCUAUGGACACAAGCAAAUCAACUUAGCUGCUCACAUUAAAGAACAAACAGAUCUCUUCUGCAACGUGCUUCAGAGUUAAACAUGUUUAGCAUUUUUGUUUUCCAAGAGGAAGAAAUUCUCACUUGUUGCAGCUGAGGAGCCAAAGGGGACUUUCCUAGACAAUAAUGUUCGGCGAUGAGAAUAACUGGAGGAAGCGGGAAACGCCCCCAUAAGGCUCAAAUUCAACAUGCAGAUGGAGUUAUUUCAUGGUGGCAAAGUAGUGCCAAUUUAACUAGGAAAAAUUGAUGCUUUAUUUAUUUUGACAAUCUUCACAAAUAACUUCUUCAAUCUCUAUAAAUUUUGCACUUGUUUAAGGGUAAUGACAUCUCUAUUCAAUUUACAAA